GAGAGAGAGAACUUACAACCCUUUUAGAAGAAUACAAAACAGAAAGAUCAAACAGACAAAUGCUCGAGCUCGUAGUAUAUGGGCAACUGAUGAAACAGAAGUCUUCUUCCAUGAAAAUGACCUCCAAAUGCAAAACAUAACUGCAUCCUCCUGGCAUGUCCUUUGAGAACCACAUGCUAUCUUUUCGCAUUUACUCUCCGCUCUGUCCCACUGAUCUCUUUAUACUCAUGUCCUUGCCAAAUUAUUCUUCCCCAACUCGUUGAAUCAUCGUUUUCAAAGAGUGCCCAUUUUCUUUUCUUCGCUUCUUUUGGUGGAUCAGAGGGGAUGAAAUCCAAAUCUGCAGACCGGCCAAGGAGUCCCAGAGAUGAUCUGGACACUUCUGCAGAUGAAAUCCGCAAUAAGAGCAUCAUAGUCCCAAAUAGAGCUGUUACAUUAGCUAACGGUUUCGAGAAGAAAGAUCGUUCCUGGUGUGUCACUUCUCAAAUCCCUACUGACCUGUUGAUUCAGAUCGAUGAUAUUACCUUCAACGUCCAUAAGUAUCCCUUGGUAUCCAAAUGUGGUUACAUAAGCCGUCUGGUGCUACAACCUUCAGCUUCCGAGAAUAGAUACAAUCUCAAGCUGGAAAAUUUCCCUGGUGGGGCAGAAACAUUUGAGAGCAUUCUGAGAUUCUGUUAUGGCCUCCCACUGGACUUAAACCCUCAUAACACAGCACAGCUAAGAUGUGCAUCAGAGUUUUUGGACAUGACAGAAGAAUAUGAAGACGGAAACUUGAUCUCCAAGACAGAUGCAUUCAUCACUUUUGUAAUACUCGCAUCAUGGAAAGAUACACUCGCUGUCUUGAAAUCCUGUGAGAACUUAUGUCCAUGGGCCGAAAACCUCCAAAUUGUACGAAGAUGUUGUGACUUGCUUGCCUGGAAAGCAUCCAAAGAUGACGUGCAAGAAGAUAUAGAUAACGAUGAGAGGCGAUUAUACAAUGAUAUAGCCACCCUACGAAUUGAUCACUUCACGAGAGUUAUAACAACAAUCAAAGCAAGACAAGCCAAACCAGAGACAAUUGGGAAAAUCAUCAUGAAGUAUGCAGACAACUGGUUGCCAGUAAUUGACGAAGACUUGGAAGGACUACGAGGUUAUGGAUUUGGAAAGAAUGAGUUGCAGUUUGGUGUUCUUAAAGAACGGAUGGAAGAAGGUGGUCAUGGAUGCAAGGAACAAAAAGCAAUCAUAGAAAACUUAGUUAGCAUACUUCCUCCACAAUCUGAAGCUGUACCAUGCCAAUUUCUGUUAAAGAUGCUGAAAAGAGCAAUUGUGUAUUCUGCAUCACAAGCUUUAAUAUCUGACCUUGAGAAACGAGUGGGUAUGACAUUGGAAGAAGCUAGUGUGAAUGACCUCCUGAUUCCUAACUUCAGAAAGGAAGAUCAAGAGAAAGAAAUCAGUUCACCUGAGAUAUACACAAUUCACAAUGUGGAUGUGGUACAGAGGAUUUUCGAGUAUUUCUUAAUGCAUGAGCAGCAGCAGCAGCAAAUAACAGGGAAACCAAACAUAACUAAGCUCUUGGACAAUUACCUAGCUGAGAUUGCAAAGGAUCCAAACCUUCCCAUCACCAAGUUUCAUGUUUUAGCAGAAGCAUUGCCGGGAAAUGCCAGGAACUGCCAUGACGGCCUCUAUAGAGCAAUUGACACCUACCUCAAGACUCAUCCUUCACUGUCUGAGCAUGAUAGGAGACGACUGUGCAAAACAAUGAACUGUGAGAAACUAUCCCUCGACGCAUGCAUGCACGCAGCACAAAAUGAUCGGUUGCCCCUGAGAACUGUUGUCCAGAAUGCAAAAAAAAUGCAGGUGCUUUUCUCAGAACAAGUGAAAAUGAGGACGGCGAUGCAGAGCAAGGAGCCGGAGACAAGAGGGGAAAGCUCCGAAAGAGAGGUAAAGCGGAGUUCAAGAGAAACCGAGAUCAAGACCCUUAGAGCAGAACUGGAGAAUGUAAAGAACAAGAUGGCAGAGCUUCAGAACGACUAUACCGAGCUUCAACGAGAGUACGAAAAGCUAGGGAACAAACAGAAGAGUACAAUGAACUGGGCUUUGCGUUGGCAAAAGAUAAAGAAAUCGAUCCAGUUAAACAACGAGGCAGAGGAGGGCCGACAUAGACGAAGCUCAACGGGACUGAGAACCAGUUUCAGGCGAAUUUUGUCGUUGUCCUAGCAAAUUGAAUUCAAUCACUAUUACUCGUUGAACGAACUGAACACCAGAAUCGAGUGCUACAUGUAACAUAUGUAAUCAUAGAUUUCACAAAA